UAGUUUCAGUGACCAAGUAUGGAGGAUGAGGAGGAAGGAAGGAAGAAGGUGAAAGCUGAAUUCACAUCAUUGAUGGGUGAAUGGCAGCAGCAACUAGGUUCAGCAACAUCACCGAUUCCAUUGCUUACUAAGAUGUGUGAGAUGAUAGAAGUUGAAGUUGAGAACUAUAUGAAGCAGGAUCCUGACCCUUUUGAUGACCGCCACCCAGCUCGUGCCGAUAGGGACUGCAGCUUAGGACAUCUUCUCAGAAUUAUCUUUGAAAAUGACCAGUUCAUGGAUAAGCUUGUAAAGACUUAUAUUCAAUCUCAAGACAAGGAUUUAAAUAUUGUAACCUGUCGCCUUCUUCUAGACGUAAUGCCUGGAUUAGAGACAUCAAUCAUUUUUCAUGAAACU